ACAGACAGAUUCGAAGUGGCAAAAUCGGAUUCAGAAUGAAAUUUAAAGUAAAAUACAAAGAUGUAAGCAGAAAUGUAUCAGUGGAGGAAAAAGAAGAGUUCAAUUCGACACUAUGCAGCCUAGAAUCUGCCGUAUCAGAAAUAUUUUGUGACUUAGUUAAGAGUUCCUUUUACUUGAGUUUGAAUAAGAAGGAUAGACUUGGAGCAGGGAACCAAACUCUGGCAGGUCUGGGACUAGUAUCAGGGGAUAUCCUCCAUAUUGUCAGUGAUGACCCUGAGGAAGUUCAAGAACAGAAGCAACCUUCAAACCAGAGGUCAACCAACAGACCUUUAGGCCUAACAGACACACAGACCUCUUCAAGCUCCCACAGAAAUGAUCCACAUUCUACAUCCAGUCAAGGGGUUGUACAUAAUCAAAUUGACCCAAAUCAGCCAUCUUGUUCAACAGAUGAUUCUCAAAUGGAGGCUGAGAGUUUCCAAAGUGAGGCUGCUUAUCCUAUGGACCCAGUUGUUGUUAGUAAAUGUCUCAGUGAGCCAAGACUGUGCAGUGAAUGCCUACAAGGCAGUGUGCCUCCCUUGUUGAGUGAGCUGUACUCAGACUUACACUGUCAGUAUUGUGAAGAAGCCCUUUGUUUGGUGCUUCAUGUGUUAAUGCUGGAGGCUGGAUACCAGUCUGUCUCAACUAAACUAGAGAGUAGUAACCCUACACAGAUGGAAUCAGAGAUGACUAGCUGUGAUCCUCAGACACUAUCUGAGUCAGAUGUGUGUCCCAGUGAUUUGUGGAGAGAAAGAGCACCGGCCUUCUACAAACUAGAGUACACUCACCCGACAAGUGGUUCCACAGUCUAUACAGUUACUGCUGUACCCAUGGGGACCUCCCUUAUUGUUCAUGGUCAAGUGAAGAUAGAAGAAAAUAUAGAAAAAUGUCAGUGUCAACUCAAAACCAAGGAUUUUAUACAAAAUAUAACUCCAGAGCCGAACACCUGUUACCAGAAUCUACCAAAGCUGUCCAGGACAUUUAAGGAUGCUAUAUCCUUACCCCUUCUACAGAAAUGCAGGGAAGCUAUGAACUUAGUGCCUUUAUAUGGACUUUUAGCCUUGAGUAAUGAACUGAAGCUGAAGAUCCUUGGAUGUUUGGAUGUAGUCAGUCUGCUGAGAAUGUCUGAAGUCUGUAAGGAAUUCCGCAGCCUCAGUAAUGAUAAAUAUAUCUGGAGGAGACUGUUCUUGUCUCAUUUUGGGAAUCGGGCAAAUAAUGGCCUAAACCAAAACUGGAAACAGUUAUACAAGUCAGAGUAUAGAAACCGAAAACAACAGAGGAAGUGGUGGCGUCAGAUGACAACAGUUGUCCCCCCUUUCAUACCCUCUGACCCCUAUUCACAGAGGAUACCCCCUCUGGCCCCAUUUAGUCCCGGAAUGAUUGGAGGAGACUAUGAUCUCUACCCACAAUUCCAUGGUAUCCCCAAUCCUAUUUUUGGACGUCGUGGUGGACACAUGCCUGAUAUGAGACCACGGUUUGACCCGUUUGGUCCGGGUCAGAAUUUCCCUCCAGGACCCGGUGGAGGGUUUUAUGAUAGAAGCAGUGGUGGAUCCAGGAUUUCACGGGGAUCAAGGAGUGGAUUGGGUGGGUUAGGAGGAGGUCCAAAAUUCUUCUGAUCUUAACUUAAAAUAACUUAUUAAUACUUCUGAUGCCUUUCAAAGCAAGGAACAUAAGAGCAAAUUUCUUGGUGGUUUGACUUUAAAAAAUGAAAAUUGCUUUCUCUCAAAUUUUUCAGUAAAUAUUAAAAACUGAAUAAUACACUAAGCUUCCCUCUGUGAUAGGGACCUAGUCUUAUGCUCUAUUUUAGUUUCAUGUUAUUUAUACUCACUGUAAUGAUGAGGAGUGAUGAAUUUAAUUUUGCAUUUAAAAUUGAAUUGUUCAAACUAUUUUGCUGUUGAAUGAUCUCUUAUUAUUCACAUUAAAAUUAAGGUUGUUACUAGAACACAAAUACUUUUCUUUGUUGAUGUUAACUGUAACAAAUAAAUAAAUUGAAUUCACGAAAAUCAA